AAAAAAAAUACCCCGAGUAGCGUUCUUACUUUGAAGGCGGCGCGACGGAAGUUCCGGUCGGUCGGGAAGCUCCCGCGCGCGCGAGCUUGACGCCGUCCGCCGCCGGUCGUGGGCGCUCGGCGCGCGCGCGCGCCCCCGACGGCGAACCGCAGCCCGCGCGCGCGCGCGCGCGUCAACCCGCGAUGGCAGCAGGAGGACGCCAUGGCGGCUGAAGACAAAGCGAGCCGCGAGGAGAGCGGCGCGGGCGGGCGUCGGGCGUCGGCGGCGCGAGCCUGGGGCGCCGCCAGCUUGGCCCUGAGCGCGCUCUCCCUGCUGCUGCUCGUCACGGCCAUCGGCACCGAACACUGGUACGAGACGGACACGCGGCGCCACCGCGACAACUGCGAGCGGCAGGGCGCCGACUCGGGCGGCCAGCAGAACCGUGACAUGCCCAUCUACCACCUGCCGCUGCUGGACACGGGCGGUGGCGCGGCGGGCGGGGCGGUGGCGCGGCUCAAGCCCGUGCACGUGGGCAGCCGCGAGGACGAGCUGCUGGAGAACUGGCGCGCCAUCCUGGGCAUGGGCAUCCUGGAGACCGAGUGCGGCCGCCCGCUCUUCUCCACGCACGCCGGCCUCUGGCGCAAGUGCUACGUGGCCGGCCUCGACCGGGACAUCGACCGCCUGGUGGACAGGGGGAUCGCGGAUCGCUGCACGGCGGUCAAGUAUCAUUUUUCUCAACCGAUCAGACUGAGGAACAUCCCCCUCAACCUGACCAGAAGCAUCCAGCAGGACGAGUGGCAUCUGCUGCACCUGCGUCGCAUGACGGCGGGCUUCCUGGGCAUGGCGGCCGCCGUCCUGCUGUGCGGCAGCAUCGUGACGGCCGUGGGCUUCUUCUGGGAGGGCGGCCUCACGCGACACGUGGCCGGACUCCUCUUCUUCAUGGCAGGCGUCUUCUGCGCCAUCUCUCUGUGCACCUACGCGGCCAGCGUGACCUACGACCUUUCCCGCAAACCGCCCUUCAUCUACGGCCUCCCUGACGACGUGGACCACGGCUACGGCUGGUCGGUGGCUCUGGCGUGGGCCAGCCUGGCUCUCAGCGUGGCCUCGGGUUGCCUGGGCGCCGCCUUCCCGCUCCUGGGCCGCGCGGGACCCCCCCGCCACAAAGCCGCGCGCCCCACCGCCGUCUGAGACGCCGCCUCCCGCUCCCCCUCCCGCCGAACCCCCCCUCCCUCGCCGAGACCCCCGCCCGCCCGUCCGUCCACGCGCGCCAAAACGCUUUCGUUUCGACCGGCGCGGUUGCCACGGUUACCGACUUUUUUUUUUGCCGAGUCACGAAUAUCGCCGAUCGUUCUCAUCCGGCGAACUCCGAACGAGCAUGGAAACGGCUUUUUUUUUUUUUUCAAAUUGGGGCGUGAACGUCGGACACGGAAGGUUCACGCGGAGCCCAUCGUCGGCUACUCGCUCGCAUGCGAUGCCGAAUGCCAUAGACGGGCGAAGAGAAAGCACACCCGAACGCGAGUUGACCUUUACCAAAGGUCAACUCGGCUUCAUUGCGAUCAUCGUCCCGCUCGCCAACAGUCAGCGGGACCUUAGCGAGCGGAUUUCAACCUCGCAUCUGUUCAUCGGCUGAGCCGUGAUCAAAUCCUAACGCAUCAAGCUUAGCAAGAGCCCAAAAGAAGUCUCCGAAAUCAUCCCGAGGGGCAAAGAUCCGGUCCAAGGUCCGGAUUUCCAAUCUUCUGGAAAACUCUGCGGGGAGAACGGCAAACGGUCCACCCGAGCUUUUGGGAUCCCGCUUUCUUCCUCGGAGCGAAACAACUCACUCGUAUCCCGAGGGGGGAUGUUCUUAUUCAGUUGACUCUUUUGUUGUUGUUGGUGUUGUUGUUUUUUUUGGGGGGGGUCUUUUCUGUUCAUGCCAAUGUUAAAAACGGCCGUUGUGGAUAUGUUGCACUGACUCGUCUGGUGAAACUCAAAAAUAAAUCAACCUUUCAACAGCG